GAAAUGUAGAUUUGGUAGAAUAUGGGUUGGUUUUUUUUUUUAUCUAGAAUAGCGAAAAUUAGUUCAUAAAAAACGUAGGAACUAUUAUUUGUUACACUCUUAGGGGGUAGUCGAGUUAAAUUCACAGUAGGACCUAAACAGUGAGAGAUGGCGUGAUAGAAACGUAUGAUGUGAAAAGUGUAAAUCGCUCCGGACUGUUUUGAUAUCACGUCUCACGUUUAAAACAAGAACAGACUUUUACCUGCUGUCCUUUUAUCAGGUAAUAUUUGUAAAAACUGCUACAAUGGACGCCCUGCAGAGGAGAGUGAUUCUGGAGGACAUGGUUCAGUACAAGCUCUUCUUGGUCCAGUCAAAUUCACAGCAGACUGAGGAACAUCUCCCACAGUUAGUAGAUGAGAUUCUGGCAAAGGUUGCGCCUUUCUUGGUUCAGUACAUCUGGCAGCAUCAGCCAUUUAACCUCAAGUAUCACCCUGAGAAAGGAGAUGUCCCUGCUCACAUUGGAGGUCAGACUCAGUUUGGGGACAAUGUGGAGGACGAGUGGUUUAUUGUUUACCUCCUGCAGCAGAUCACAGAGGCAUUCCCACAACUCGCUGCCAGAGUCGAGGACAAUGAUGGGGAGUUUCUUCUCAUUGAAGCAGCAGAUUAUCUUCCCAAAUGGCUAAAUCCAGACACCAGUGAAAACAGGGUCUUUUUCUAUCAGGGAGAGUUGCACAUUCUGCCCUGUCCCUCUAAAUCCAGUCCGGUGGGGAUCUCGAAAGAUGUGGUACCAAGGGUGGCACAAGCUUUAGCGCUGCUCUCCGCCCACACAGCGGCCUGUCGGGCAAGCCCAAAGAUUUCUUUCGCCGUGAUGAAGCGACUAUCAGGGUACCCAGAGAAGAUCAAAACUAACCUCCAUCGUGCCCACUGUUUCAUACCAGCUGGUAUUGCCACAGUGUUGGCACAACGACCAGACCUGGUCGCUCCUGCAGUGUCGGCGUUCUACCUGCGAGAUCCAGUAGAUCUGCAGGCGUGUCGAAGCUUCAAGAGUUUUCCUCCUGAUACGCUCGUCCUUACCUCGGUGACAUUCACGCGUUGCCUGUACGCCCAGCUGCAGCAGCAACAGUUCAUCCCAGACAGGAGGAGCGGCUUCACCCUGCCACCUCGCUCUCAUCCACAGUUCAAAGCCCACGAGCUUGGCAUGAAGCUGGCCCAUGGCUUCGAGAUCCUGUGCUCUAAGUGCAGGCUGCCGUCAUCAGAGCCUGAUGCUCCUGUCAGUUGUAACCCUCAGUGGAAAGACUUCAUGGACAGUCUGAAAAGAAACGGCUACUUCCGGGGAGAACUGGAAGGCUCAGCGGGUUACAAAGAACUGACAAGAUCUGCAGAACACUUCUUUAAACAGUCGGUCGCCCCCAAAUCAAGUUCUUCAUCCCCGGGUGAGGACGUUCUCCAGCUGCUGCACAGCUGCAAUCCACUCAACUUGGAGGAGCUGAAGAGACAAGAGGCAGAGCUCCCCCAAGAGGACAGUGACAGCUGGCUGGAUAUCACAGCUCAGGAUUUGGAGCGCAUGUUGCAGGAGAGGAGCGGGGGGAGAGCCAGUGUUGGCAGCCAAAAGUCCGGUUCAACCAAACAGACACAGCACGUCGAGGGCGCAGAGGAGAGGGGAAAGGAGGCGCAGGGCGACAAGGAGGAAGAGGAGGGCGGUUACAGCCUGGUGGCGGUCAGCCGGGGGAUGAAGGACUUCCUCAGUGCCAUGUCAUCACAUGAGGGUGCUGAACUGCCUUGGAGCAGUUCGGCUCAGCCUUUUAGUUUUGACCCUGAUUCCAUGGCCAGUGCACUGGACAGACUUCUAGGAAGCAAAGAGGAAGAGCUAGAUUCAGAUGAUUUAGAGGAUGAUGAUGAUGAUGAUGAUGAUGAUGGUGAGGAGGAGGAGGAAGGGGAGGAGGAGCAGGAAGAGGAGAACGGAUUGUCUGGUCAAGCAGAGAUGAAUGAGACAGAAACUUUGGACGGUCUCAGAAAAUACAUGGACCAAAUGGAUCAGGAGCUGAUGAGCACUAAUAUUGGACAAAGCUUCAGUCUGACGAGUUGCAACAAGGCCGGACUGGUCAAUGGCUCCCCUCCAGCCUCCACCACCGACGGCCUCCCGACAGAAGAGACGGAGGAGGAGAUCCAGCCCCUUGACAUCGACCUCAAUCUGGUCACAAACCUGCUGGAGUCUCUCAGCUCUCAGGCCGGUCUGGCUGGACCGGCAUCUAACCUGCUGCAGAGUCUGGGUAUACACCUGCCACCCAACUCUGAUCCCGCAUAAAGGACAAGAAAUGGACUUAGACGGUGCUUGAAAGCAGGACUCUACCACUGAAUACAAGACAGAAAAAGCGGUCUCAUUGAGCUCAAGUCAAGACAUACCAUUGUGAUCAGAUUUAUAGGAUUUUUAAUACAUGCUGCUUUGUGUGAUGUUUGUGGUUCGUGACGGCACUUGCAUUUCAUUGUUAAAAAACAGAAUAAAUAUUUUUGGAAGGAAA